UGUACUUCGUGCCUAAUUUUUAGAGUAAAAGGAGCAAAUUGUGGUUCAAUUUCAAAAGGCAGAUGCUCUUCCUGAACCAGAGGAUAUGCCUUGAAUAAAACAAGAAAAAUAUCAGUCAAUUUGGAAGGUUGUAGAAAGAUAUUUUCCCUCCAAGUUUCUUAUCCCUCCAAGCUUCUUGUCUAAAAAUCAAGCUAUAGCAAUGGCUUCCACUUUUUCUUCUUUACAAACCAUUAAUUCUUCAAUAACCAACUUCCCUUGUGUACCAAUUAUAAAGAAACCAAAGUUGCAUAUUUCCUUGUCAAAAACAUCGAUUUUUUCUCUUAGAGUAGAGUGUUGUAGUAGUAGUGCAAAGACAUACAAUGAGGAUGAAGAAAUGGAUAAGAUUAGAAGGUUACAAAAUGGAUCGGAUGUUCGUGGUGUGGCCUUGCAAGGUGAGAAAGGUAGAAGUAUAGAUCUUACACCACCUGCUGUUGAGGCAAUAGCAGAAAGCUUUGGUGAAUGGGUGAUUAAAGGGUUGAACAAUAAGGAGAAAGUUGUAAUGGUUUCUCUUGGAAAAGACCCUCGAAUUUCGGGUAAUACAUUGAGUGUUGCUGUAUUUUCUGGGCUUUCUAGGGCUGGUUGCAUGGUCUUUGACAUGGGACUUGCAACAACACCAGCAUGCUUCAUGAGCACUAUUCUUCCUCCAUGUCAAUAUGAUGCCUCAAUAAUGAUGACUGCUUCUCACUUACCCUACACUCGAAAUGGUCUUAAAUUCUUCACAAAAAAAGGAGGUUUAACGUCAGUGGAAGUGGAGGAAAUAUGCGAAGAAGCAGCUCGUAAAUAUGCAAACAGGUUCACAAAAGUGUCAACGACACUACCGACGCGUCCGACUAAGGUAGAUUUCAUGAGCAGUUACGCGAAGCAUCUACGAGAUAUUAUAAAAGAAAGAGUGAACCAUCCUAACCAUUAUGACACUCCCCUCAAAGGAUUUCAGAUAAUUGUAAAUGCUGGAAAUGGAUCAGGAGGGUUCUUUACAUGGGAUGUGUUAGACAAGCUUGGUGCAGACACAUUUGGAUCUCUCCACCUAAAUCCAGAUGGAAUGUUCCCUAAUCACAUCCCUAACCCAGAGGACAAAAUAGCCAUGUCCUUAACAAGAGCCGCUGUGCUUGAAAACAAUGCUGAUCUCGGUAUUGUUUUUGAUACAGAUGUUGAUCGUAGUGGUGUAGUAGAUAGUGAAGGAAAUCCUAUCAAUGGUGACAGGCUCAUUGCACUAAUGUCUGCAAUUGUUCUCAAGGAACAUCCUGGUACCACUAUUGUCACUGAUGCUCGUACAAGUAUGGCCUUAACUAAAUUUAUUACAAAUAAAGGAGGCCAACAUUGCUUGUAUCGAGUUGGUUAUAGGAAUGUCAUUGACAAAGGUGUCAAUCUUAACAAGGAUGGUGUUGAAACACAUCUCAUGAUGGAAACUAGUGGCCAUGGUGCUUUGAAAGAAAAUCACUUUCUUGAUGAUGGUGCUUACAUGGUUGUGAAAAUUAUCAUUGAAAUGGUAAGAAUGAAGCUUGAGGGAUCAGAAAAAGGCAUUGGUAGUCUCAUAAAAGAUCUUGAAGAGCCAUUAGAGUCGGCGGAACUUAGAAUGGUUGUCCUUUCUGAGCCUAGAUAUGCUAAGGCUAAAGCAUUUGAAGCCAUUGAAGCAUUCAGAACCUAUAUUGAGCAAGGAAGUUUACCAGGAUGGGAACUUGAUGCUUGUGGAGAUUGUUGGGUAAGUGAUGGUUGUCUUGUUGACACUAAUGAUGAUCCAACUGCAAUUGAUGCUUAUAUGUAUAGGGCCAAAGUUUCAUCAGAAGGAAAUGAGGAACAUGGAUGGGUUCACCUUCGACAAAGUAUCCACAAUCCAAAUAUUGCUGUUAAUAUGCAAUCCACAGUUCCUGGUGGAUGCCAAUACAUGGCAAAAGUUCUAAGAGACCGGUUUCUCUUGCCUAGUGGAAUGGACAAAAUACUUGAUGUCACUCAAAUUGAUAAGUAUGCUACAAGUGGAAAUCUAAGUUAAGAUGCUGAAGUUCAUGCUUCAAAUUAAGCUAUCAUGUGUGUCAUUUGUCAAUAAUGUUCAAUACACUCUAUUCAAUGGGAAAAAAAUGAGAAACAAGAAAAGAAGAAGAAGAAAAAGAGUGUGAAAGUGUAUUCUUCCUUAAUGGACUUGGAUAUUCGUAUACCUUUUCACUAUUGCUUAUUAUACUCGGUGGUGGAUCCAGGAUUUGAAGGUUGUGGACGCUUCAUUUUUUACGUUGAAUUGUUACCAUUCACAUAGUAUAAGUUUGAGAACUAUUUGAAUGCAUCAUGAAAAAGAUUAAUGAGGAAACUAUGUUUGAUAUUGCCAUCACAAAAGCAGACCUCUAGUCACAAAUUACAAUUGUACUCCAUGAAUUUUUGUAUGUUGAAAUGGAAAUGUGCAAUAACAUCACUUGA